CUGAAGCAGAGGCAGGCAGGUCUCUUGUGAGUUUGCCUACACAGUGAGCUCCAGGCCAGCCAGGCCUACGAAGUGAGACCCUGUCUCAAAGGAGGGAAACAAUUCUGAUCCAGACCUACCUGCACCUACUAGUCACUUGGCCUCUGAGAACCUCCGUUUUCUCGCCUGUGGAGGCAGAGAUGCUAACUUGGCAAAGUGAAACAGUAAACUUUAGCUGAUGCUUUCGCUUGGGGGGCGGUUAUUUUGGUCCUCUAGAGCCUGCCUUUUCCUGUAAAGCACGGAUGAUUAUGUCUGACAUUAAAGAAGACUGGUUCAAUGCGCUUAGGGGUGGAGCCUUCCACUCGGAUGUCUAGCCAAAAUAAUAGUUGUUGCCAGAUGCCAGACAUCUACUGCGGAUUUAGGGUCAUUCCAAGUGUCGGAUUGUUGCGGAAUUCCUAGGACUGUCCCAGAGCCCUGGCCUAGUCUGUAUCACCAGGUGGAUUCACACGGUGUCCUCAGCCGGAAGGAGUCCCAACCAGGAGGGGCGCGGGGACCAUGGGUUCCUGGGCCUCCAGGGCCCGGGUCCCCACGCGGGAGCCCGACCCCCAGGAGACGCUGGACCUGAGCCGUCUACCCCCGGAGCUGCUCCUGGUGGUGCUGAGCCACGUGCCCCCGCGUACGCUGCUGCUGCACUGCCGCCGGGUGUGCCGCGCCUGGCGCGCCCUGGUGGAUGGCCAGGCCUUGUGGCUGCUAAUGCUGGCCCGCGACCGCAGCGCUGCCGGCCGCGCCCUGUUGUCGCUAGCCCGCCGCUGCCUGCCCCCGACCCGCGAAGACAGGCCCUGCCCGCUGGGCCAAUUCUGCGUGCGAGGACCACUAGGUCGUAACCUCAUCAGCAACCCCUGCGGCCAAGAAGGCCUGCGCAAGUGGAUGGUGCAGCAUGGUGGAGAUGGCUGGGUGGUGGAGAAGAACAAGAGACCUGUGCCUGGGGCCCCCUCACAGACCUGCUUCGUGACCUCCUUCAGCUGGUGUUGCAAGAAGCAGGUGGUGGACCUGGAGGAGAAGGGUCUGUGGCCAGAGCUGCUGGACAGUGGUGGUGUGGAGAUUGCUGUCUCUGACUGGUGGGGUGCUCGUCAUGACAGUGGCUGCAGGUACCGUCUCCUUGUCCAACUUCUUGAUGCUCACCAGAAUGUCCUAGAUAAGUUCUCGGCUGUGCCAGACCCCAUUGAACAAUGGAACAACAACAUCUACCUGCAGGUCACCCACGUGUUCUCCAACAUCAGGAGAGGUGUCCGUUUUGUGUCUUUUGAACACUGGGGCCAGGACACACAGUUCUGGGCUGGCCACUAUGGGGCCAGAGUGACCAACUCCAGUGUGAUCGUGCAAGUCUGUCAGCCCUAGUCAAAGGCCUCCAUCUUGGUAAGACAGCCUGACUGUGCCUUCCAGGAGCUGGGGCUGUUGACUGGAAUUCUUCAUGAAUCAAGCAUUCAUACCUUCCUGGAACAUGAAGCUCUAGGAUCCAGUGGAGGGUCCUGCUUGGCCUUGUUUGCAGAGUCUUGAACACUGGACUCCUCCAUCAGAUCUGCCCAUUGCUGCUGCUUGGGUAGAGCGAGGGUGCCCGGGUGCCCGGGUGCCCGGGUGCCUGACUGCAUGCUCGUCUCAGAGAGGUCACAAGCUGCCUCUGUUUCAGCGUGAUCCCUCACUGCCUGUCCUCAGUAUUGAUCCCCCAGCCUUUUUUAAGACAAGGUCUCAUGUAUCCAGUGGCUAAAAGCAAAAGGUAGCUUUAGACUCCUGACUUCGCCACCCAGGUGCUGGGAUUACAGGCAUGCACCAACACCACCCAGGUCUGUGGGGUGCUGGGAUGAGUCCAGCACUCAGCAAGCCAGGCACACGUUUUACCAGUUAAGCAGCGUCCCCAGCAUUGUCUUCCUAUCACCUCCUGUUUCCGCCUCAGGGACUAGCUUUGUCCCUUUACUGAAGAGCUCCUACUCCCGUGUGAACCAAGCUUACAUGGCUACACCCAGGUCUCCUCAUUGAAGGGUGUGUCUGCCCACAGAUUUUCUCCAAACAAUGAGGAAAUGCCUACAGCCCCGGCCCUGAUCCUCAGGAACCUCUGAAUUGUGUAGUAUUUAAAGUUAUUUAUCAUUUUCUCAACAGAGAGAGAAUAAUAAUAUACUGGCAAUAUCUGUCUGCCAAUUGCACUGUAAUAAAUUAUUUUGCCUAAACUGGUUCA